GCUGAGUUUGAAGACCACCAAGAUAUAGAGCCAAACUCCAUCUCUGAGGAUGGGGGAUGUUCCGGUUCUUCUCCAACCUUGGGCGAUGGCUGUUCACUAAGCGAUGACUGCAGCACGAUCACCUGCAAAAUAGAUGUUGGCGAUUACCAAAUCACAUUCAAACUGAAGGUAUGCUAAGAAUUUAACGCCAUAAAGGACUAGGUAGUUUUAGAUUGCGAACUGAAACGCUUAUGACAAGCAACUUUAGUCAAAUGAAAGCUACUGAGCAGUACUUUCCUGUGGUACUGUUUAUUAUGGUGUACAAGGUGGUUCUAACGUUUGAGUCUGUGGAUGACAUCCUAUGGUGUGACCAUUCAAAUGAAAGCAGUACUUUCCUGUGGUAGUGUUUAUAAUGCUGUACAAGGUGGUUCUAACGUUUGAGUCUGUGGAUGAAAUCCUAAAGUGUAACCAUUUAAAUGAAAGCUACUGGGCAGUACUUUCCUGUGGUGCUGUUUAUUAUGCUGUACAAGGUGAUUCUAACGUUUGAGUCUGAGGAUGACUCCUAAAGUGUGACCAUUGAAAUGAAAACUACUGGGUAGUUUAAAAUUCUUUCCUGUGGUACUAUUUGUUAUGCUGUACAAGGUGGUUCUAACUUUUGAGUCUGUGGAUGAAAUCCUUAAGUGUUACCAUUCAAAUGAAAGUUACUGAGCAGUUCUUUCCUUUAGUAUGCUGUACAAGGUGUAUCUAACUUUUGAGUCUGUGGGUGGAAUCCUAUGAUGUAACCAUUCAAAAGCUACUGGGUAGUUCUUUCCUGUGGUACUGUUUAUUAUACUGUACAAGGUGGUUCUAACUUUUAAAUUACGGUGGAUGAAAUUUUGAAGUGUGACCAUUUCUCGUGAAGCAGCGAAAAGGUGAAUAGCUGUCGUGUAUAAAUAGGCUUGAUUGAUGAAAAUAUAUAUUCUCUUACGCGCUAGAUCAACAAAUGUGAUGACCCUGUUACUGUAACGGCUUCCAUGGAUGUCCCGGAUCUGGAUAUCACGUGGUCUCAUACCUACAGUAGUAAUGACAAAAUUGCAGUGCCCGGAUUUAGUGUAUCUUUGCCUCCUAUCUUUUCUGCUGGUGUGUACGUUCAAAUAGACUUCACCAAUAACGGAGAUACACUGCAUUUAAAGGUGUGUUCUUAAAGGCUUUCGUUUAUAAUCAACUGAAAGGAGAGGGGGUGGGGUGGAUGGGGUGUUGGCAAAAUCCAAUCAAUACUUUCCAGUCUCCCCACCCACACAAGUCACUUGCUAAAGGGCUUUUUCCGUCUCAAUAAAUACAUGCCCCCAUACGUCACGAUGGAAAAAGCUGUUUUUGCCUUAAAUAAACAAUCAGCCAAUUGACCACUCCAGAAAAUAUCAUAACAUACCAUAAUGCUCUUUGUUUGUCACCCCAAAAUUUUGCAUAAGCAUUGUCUUCAGUUUCUCUUGGGAGUUAAAAUGGCCCCAAGAGAAACUGAAAACAAUACUUAUGCAAAAUUUUGGAGUGACAAACAAAGAGCAUUCUGGUAUGUUCUGGUAUUUUCUGGAGUGGUCAAUUGGCGGAGGUAGGUCACGAAAGUAGGUCACGUGAUGAAAGGUUUUCUGUUUAGCCAGGCGUGUUCUUAUUUACAGUGGUCACUGUGUAAAUGGUUUUCCACAUAUAUUUUUUUAAACUACACUUGACCACCAAGAAGACUAAAACGUUCUUUUUUUAGUGUCAAUGUAUUUAGCACGAAAAUACUAAUUGGGGACACUACAGUAACGUCUCCUACUGGAGACGGGACCGCCAUUUUACGUGGUCAUCCGAGCCACGCAAAGGUCUAGCUGCUUGUAGUGCAAAGGGAGUACCUUUAUUUCUCAGUUAUUUUUAAGACCCUGAGUACUACUUUGUUAUGAUUUGAAUGAACAUUACUCAAUCAGGGGCACCCAACGUCAAUUUUUGGAAAAUAUCUGUUCGGAAGACGGUUUGAGAUCUAGAAUUUUUGGAACAUUUGUUGUAAAAUUUCUUGCUUGCCUGCCUCUCCUAGGAUUUUCGAACAUCUAAAAAAUGGUAUAAUUGCCCAUUUUUAACCGAUUUUUACCCUUAAAAGGUCACCUAGAAUUUUCGGGGCCUUUCAAGUUUCCAGCUGAAAUUUUCGAAAAGGUAAGCCGGGGUUGAUUUUCGGAUCACUAGACUUUCAGCUAGGAAAUCCGAACAGAUGAAAAAUUUUUAGGGGAUAAAAAUAUGCCUGUAUCAACUGUUUAAAUACUAAAAUACGUUCAACAAUGCUAUGUUUAAGUGUUUUUGAACUAUAUUCUCGUUGGGUGCCCCUGACUCAAUUGAAUGGAAUCAGUUUAAGCUGACUGUUUUCAAUCUUUUACCAGGUAAAUCUGCUGGCUGGAGCCGAGGAUGUUUAUCCCUUCAAAUUUACUGUUGUGGAGGGAGACUUGCCGAUCUCAACUGACGAUUGUGGCAAGUAAAACUGAUCUUGAUCAACAUGGCGUACUAUAUCUAAUUAAAAGCAGUUCUUGUCACGAGUAAUAAUCUGUACGAUAAAGUACUUAACCUGACACUUAAUACAAGCACUUAACUUCUAGCGGGGCACCCGCGGGACCAAAUUAAAGGUACGGCUUAAAUACGAGAGGGAAACCAGCGGGAUUAUAUUAAGUGCCGGGCCAUACGUGUAUCAGCGUGUCCCCUGACCUCAUUACCAAGCGAUGGUGGUAACCAUGGUAACACAGACGAAGCAGUAAAAUGCAGGGAGUUCCGAUAAAAACAAGUGCCAGGUGAACACAAAAAUAAAACGGGACCUUGGUUCUUAUCGGGAAGUUUUGUUCCAUACAUUUUCUAUCACUGAUAUCGGAGCUACGUAGUGGUUCAAUUUAAUGGGGAAUCACUUUGCACCUCCACAGUGCAAUACGUGUAGAAAAGGUGUCAGCUUGAAAAGAAAUGACUUACCGGUAAAUUUGUUGUUUUUAGGAUUCUUUGGAUGGUUUAUUGACCUAAGUGUUCCUGCCAAAAUAGCAGUGAUCGCUGGAACGGUUGUUUUUCUCAUCGCCGUCUGCUGUGGCUGCUGUUGUUACUGCUGCUGUAGGAGGCGCCGCUCCGCCAAUCAAGGUCCUAUCAUCAUCGUGCCUGGUGUUGGUACUUCCGCUGUCAUGACAACGAAUGCCAACACUCGGGUUCCCAUGCGACCAUUGGUCGAGGAGGAAUGA